AUGUAUGCACCCUCAUAUGGAUAUGGCCCUGGGAAUCCAGCGCCCUUCAAUCCCAAUGGCGCUGCUCCCCAUCUUAACCCCCACCAUCACCAGCAGCAGCCCGGCCCCGGACAACAGCCUCAGCACAUGAUGUACAACCCACAGCAGCACCAGCAGCAACAGCAACAUCAGCAGCAACACCACCAUCAGCAGUAUGCCGUGGGAGGAGGGCCGUCUCAGCAGUCAUCGCCCUAUGGCGCCGCGCCUGGUCCCGGCAUGGGUGGAGAUGCAGGUGGUAUGGGGAUGAUGCCUAACAGCAGUAUGACGCAUAUGGGUGGUGGUGCGGCUCGUAAACUAUGUAGCAAACAAUUGCUGACCUGCCCUUUAUCAACAGUCCCUGCAUAUCAAACCCCAUAUUCUACCUCGCCCUACGGAGCAAGCAUACCUACAUCGUCAGCCUCCAAUCUUCCCCCGAAUUUCAUGCCGACCUCGUCCGGCGCUCCAUCGUUCCCAAUGAACGCUCCGAAUAUGAAUCAGCACCAGGUCCAGCGCAUGCAACCACCUCCGAAUUCCUCGACCCCCACAAGAGCUUCCCCUUUCGGCGGCGUCCCACUCGGCACUUCUCCAAAUAUACCGACACAGUCACAAUUCUCUCCACCGCAAAGUCACAACCAAACACAUCUACAAACGCCAAACAACAACCAGCAGUCCCAGGCAGGGACGAUAAUUACCCCGCAGACCCCAAACUUUCCUCCGGGGUCCCAAGGUGGGAAUGCGGGCGGCAGUAUAGCAUCCCCGCUGAGUCCGGGGUCGGAGUUUAGGGAGAAGGAGAGGGUUACAUUGUUGUUAGACAUCAACCAGGUAUUACUGAUGGAGGCGGUAAGCCUACAAGCCAGCCAGGCAGAGGCAAAGAAAGAAGAAACGAAAGAGAAUACCGGUUCACCUAACAGCGAGAAGGAAAAGGCGGAUAAAGAAAAGGCAGAUAGGUGGAAGGCGGCGAGUAGUAGGGAAUAUGUUGAAUGCAUGCGCCGUCUGCAAUCAAAUCUAGCCUAUCUCGCUGCCAUCGCCGACCGCUCCCAUAAGCCAUCCUCACAAAUCCCUCCCCACCCCGCUAUAAUGACCGCCCCAUCCAUAACGUCCAAACCAGCCCUCAAAUUCCCCUUUCCCGACGAGACCGAGACUAAAGAAGAAGAUUCCGAUGUGAAAAAGAAGGAGAACAUGGAAGAACCAGAUGAAGAUAGGGCGGAAGUGCUGAAAGAUCAGUACAAGAAACUGCAAGAUUUAUUUCCAGGCGUGGAUUUCAAGAAAGAUGCGCAAAUGGCUGCAGCACGGCAACAGGCGGGCCAGAAACAAGCGGAUCAGCAGAAAAUGCAGAAUGAGAUGCUGAGGCAGAAGAUGAUGCAAGCGCAGCAACACCAACAGCAAAUUCAGAAUCGGUGA